CGGCUCCGGCCCGGCUCCCUCCCUUCCUCCUGGGCCGAGAAGUCGGGUCUCUUUUGGGCCCAGCACGUGCCCAGGCCCAGUUGGGAGGCUUCAGGCCAGGCUGGGGAAGCCAGAAUGGCGAGGCCCAGAGGAAGGAGGACGUCCAGGAAGCAGGAGCAGCUGGUCUCGAGGCCGGGUUCUGGGUUCUGGGCUCCACCGAGGGCCAGGCUUGGACAGCCCACUGUCAGCUGGCAUCGAGGCCUUGAAGGCCAGAAUCAGGCCCGAGUGCAGGACACGGACAAGAAGGGCUCCUGUGCAGAUGCAGAGGACACACUUCCAGGCAGGACGGGAUCCCCCAUGGCUGCUCCAGCCCACUCUGGCUCCAGCCAUUGUCCUAAAAUGGCACCUGACCCUGUUUCCCCCUCAGCCUGGGUUCUGCUCUCUCGACAGCCCAACAGAGACUCCUUUGGGCCUUCACAGGCCUCCACAGCCUGGCUGCCUCCCCAUGGCCAGGCCUCCAUCACCUCCUCCUCCUGUAUUCUUCCAGGCAGCCUGAGGCCUUGGUGGAGGCCCUCCAUCACCCCCAUGUCCCGUCUCUUGGUGUCCCCAUCUGGUUCCUCAGUGCCUGGCAUGUGCUUGGCCCCUCACAAGUGCCUGUUGCUGGUUCUGCUGCCUUUGGGAGAUGUCCAAAGGGGAAGCUGAGCUGUUGAGUGGGAGGCAGCAUGGCCUGCUGGGAAGGGCUGUGGACGGGCCUGGAGUCAGGGAGGGGACCAGCUCUGACCCUGUCUAUGUGACCAUGAACAACCCCCCCCACCCUUCUGAGCCUCAGUUUGCUCAUCUGUAAAUAGGGACAAGGAGGACUUGCCUUCCCGAGGGGAUGGUGAGAGAAGUGUUGGCCAGACCUUGGCUGUCACCAGUCAUGUGCAUGGCGUCUCCCCAUUAGACUGGGGGUUCCUUGAGGCCAGGCUCUGUGUUGGCCCUUCUUUUUAUGCCCAGGGCUUGGCCCAGAGCCUGGCACAGGACAGACUCUCCCUCAGUGCUGGCUGACUAGUCAGUGGCUGUUCUGUGUGUCCUGACUCAGAAUCCAGGCCAGCCUGAGGGUGGGAGCCCAGGCUGGGGUCCGAAUCAGCCCUUGUCCUUCCUGCCCACUUCCCUUCCCCUCCCAGGGCCCUCUGGGCUGUGGUCCCGGGCUGAGCCCAUUUAUAUGUUGUUUCAGGCCUCCGUGACAUUCAAGGAUGUGGCCGUGGACUUCACCUGGGAGGAGUGGAGGCUCCUGGACCCUCCCCAGAAGGAGCUGUUCUGGGAGGUGAUGCUGGAGAACUACAGGAACCUGGUCUGCCUGGGCCUUGCUGAUUCAAACAAGGAUGUGAGGAUCUCUGAGCUGGAGUUAAGGGAACCACAUUGGAUUCCAACUGGUGGUGUCCUAAGAAGCUGCUGGCCAGGUUGGGAAUCGAGGCUGCAGACCAAGGAGUCGGCUCCCAAGAUGAGUAUUUCUGUGAAAGUCUUAUCCCAGGAAAAGUCCUUGGAGGAUGAUCUAAGAAUCUGCAAGAUGGAGAAAGCCUGGGAGUGUGAUGGCAGAUUGAAGAGAAAGCAGAGAAUGGAGGGGAAACCUUCUAGAGGAAUAAAAAUAAUCCAAGCAGAACCUCCCAAUGAGGCUGGAGGCUCUGCAUAUGAUAAAUACAGUCAGACCCCUAGCCCAGAGCCAGGCCUUUUUCCACAACAGGGAGCAUCUGUAGUUAUGCAGGGCCAGAAAGGAGAUAACCAGAGAGGGCGUUCCACCAUGUAUUUGAACCAAGGACAAAGUGAUCAAAUCCAUUCCAGGAAGAAACGUCGUAAUAAGGUUACAAAAUGUCAGAAAGUGCUGGGCCAUGAUUUGGGCUCCAUAAAAAAACGUGGAAUGCUUUCUGAAGAGAAAGUUCAUGAAAGGGGGAAUUCAUUCCCUCGUAUUAAUGAAUGUGGUCCACACCAGACAACCGAUAGGGGGAAAAAGUGUAAUGAGUUAACUAAAUGGAGGAAGACAGUUUGUGCUGAACUUUACUCUCGUUGUCAGAGUAGAGAGAGACGGUACAAAUGCAGUGAAUGUGGAAAGGCCUUCCUGCAUAAAGGGGCUCUUAAAGCACAUUACAGAAUCCAUACUGGAGAGAAACCUUUUAAAUGCAGUGACUGUGGAAGGGCCUUCCAGCAAAAGGGGGCUCUUAAAAGACAUUACAGAAUCCAUACUGGAGAGAAACCUUUUAAAUGCAGUGACUGUGGAAGGGCCUUCCCGCAAAAGGGGGAUCUUAAAAUACAUUACAGAAUUCAUACUGGAGAGAAACCUUUUAAAUGCAGUGAAUGUGGAAAGGCCUUUUCCAGGGCUGGAACACUAAAACGACAUCAGAGUACUCAUACUGGAGAGAAACCCUUUGGUUGCAGUGAAUGUGGGAAGACAUUCCGAAGAAAUUCUUGCCUUUUAAGUCAUCAGAGGAGAAUUCAUGGAGAAAUUAAACUUCAUGAAUGUAACGUAUGUGGGAAAGCAUUCUCUAGGAAGUAUGAUCUUACUACUCACAGUAGUAUUCAUACAGGAGAGAAACCCUUUGAAUGCAGUGAAUGUGGAAGGGCCUUCCAGCAAAAGGGGGAUCUUAAAAUACAUUACAGAAUUCAUACUGGAGAGAAACCUUUUAAAUGCAGUGAAUGUGGAAAGGCCUUUUCCAGGGCUAGAACACUAAAACAACAUCAGAGUACUCAUACUGGAGAGAAACCUUUUAAAUGCAGUGAAUGUGGAAAGGCCUUCCAGCAAAAGGGGGAUCUUAAAAUACAUUACAGAAUUCAUACUGGAGAGAAACCUUUUAAAUGCAGUGAAUGUGGAAAGGCCUUUUCCAGGGCUAGAACACUAAAACAACAUCAGAGUACUCAUACUGGAGAGAAACCUUUUAAAUGCAGUGAAUGUGGAAAGGCCUUUUCCAGGGCUAGAACACUAAAACAACAUCAGAGUACUCAUACUGGAGAGAAACCUUUUAAAUGCAGUGAAUGUGGAAAGGCCUUCCUGCAUAAAGGGGCUCUUAAAAGACAUUACAGAAUUCAUACUGGAGAGAAACCUUUUAAAUGCAGUGAAUGUGGAAAGGCCUUCCAGCAAAAGGGGACUCUUAAAAGACAUUACAGAAUUCAUACUGGAGAGAAACCUUUUAAAUGCAGUGAAUGUGGAAAGGCCUUUUCCAGGGCUAGAACACUAAAACGACAUCAGAGUACUCAUACUGGAGAGAAACCCUUUGAUUGCAGUGAAUGUGGGAAGGCAUUCCCAAGAAAUUCUCGCCUUUUAAGUCAUCAGAGGAGAAUUCAUGGAGGAAUUAAUCUUCAUGAAUGAGAUGUAUGUGGGAAAGCAUUCUCUGGGAAGUAUGAUCUUACUACUCACAGUAGUAUUCAUACAGGAGAGAAACCCUUUGAAUGCAGUGAAUGUGGGAAGGCAUUCCCAAGAAAUUCUCGCCUUUUAAGUCAUCAGAGGAGAAUUCAUGGAGGAAUUAAUCUUCAUGAAUGAGAUGUAUGUGGGAAAGCAUUCUCUGGGAAGUAUGAUCUUACUACUCACACUAGAAUUCAUGCUGGAGAGAAACCCUAUGAAUGCAGUGAAUGUGGGAAGGCCUUUUCCAGUAAGUCAUAUUUUACCCACCAUAGCAGGAUUCAUGCUGGAGAGAAACCUUUUCAAUGUGAUAUUUGUGGAAAAGUACUUCUCUCUAAAUUUAACCUGAACCAUCAUCAGAAAACCCAUAUUGAAGAGAAACCUUUUUUGUGCAGUGUUUGUGGGAAAGGUUUUCCUGGGAAAAAAACUCUGACUGCACAUCAAAGAACUCAUGCUGGAAAGAGAACCUCUGAGUGCAGUGAAUGAGGAAAGAUCUUUCCUCGAAAGUCAUCUUACAUCUCACUCUACUAUUCAUAUUGGGGGAAAAAUCUUUUGAAUGAGAAGGCUUUGGGAAAGCCUUUCCCCAGAAAACAGCACUGACUCUCCCCAUCAGAAAACAUAUUCUUGGGGAGAAACAUUAUGAGUGCGAUGUAUGUGGAAAGGCUACACCCACAAUAAAAGCCUUUCUUUCAUAAGAAAAUACAUUGGUAUGGGGCUGGAGCCCACCAGCUGUGUGGUUUAGUAGAUGGAGAGCCAGACGUAUUGUGUAAUUAGAAAUCUUCAAUUCUUGAACUUCAUCUCCCAGAAUUCUUUUUAAUUCAUCCAUGUUACAUCCUCACAUUUGGUAAAUAAGUUGUGUGUAACUCCACCCUUUCUCUCUCUUCUGAUGGCGCUCUGUGCUCUGAUGGCUAUGAGUGGGGUCGUGGGAAGCUUUCUUUAACUGAGAUUAUUUUCCUUAUUCUUCAAAUAUUUAUUAAUAAACUAUACAAAACGUAAUACUUGAAGUAUUUGGAUAUUAAUAUUUAACCUUACUUAUUUGGCCUACCACUUUGGGAAACGAAUUCUCAGAAUUUCUUCUCAGCCUCUCAGGGAAGUCAGUAAGUUUGUCCAGCGGUGGGGUCUUGUCCCACCACAGGAGUUGGGAGAGGUUUGGAGGUCGGUCACUGCUUCUAUCUCCUGCUCGCUCACCCUGCUUGGCUUCCACUGCAGCUGCCGCUGCCCCAGCAGCCAUUCCUGCUCCUCCUCCUGCUGCUACUGCGGCUUAUUGUUGCUGCUACUGGUAAGCUGCCCCAACCUGUCUUUUCCACCCACCCCAGCUUGCUUCCUAUACUUCCUGCCAAUCCCAGCCCAGCGGGGAUCCCUUUCUCCUACCAGGCAGCCUUUGACCCAAAGGGGGUCCUGGUCCUCCCUCCUAGCUAAGCCCUCUUUCCACCACAGCUAUAGGGUGUUCUCCCCUCUAAACCCAGCCCAGGAACCUUGGCUUAAUCCUUCUCACCCCUGCCGGGCAAAAACCUAGCGAGGUGGUCUAGAAAAAACUUCAGUCCUUAUCUCUGUCCACCUUACCUUUUGUAUUCUGGCACAUUGUACUACCUCAACCUCCUCCUCUGCUACACACAUUUGUCAUAUGUCAUGCCAUUGGCAUGCUAUGGCUUCAGAGGGGAUUCUUAACAUCAACUGGAAAGUGUAUUGCCAGCACAGACCUUAUUAAUCGACUUCUUUCUGUCCUCUAGCUCCCUGAAGACAUAGCCAUUGGUCACUGCUCUGUACACACCUGGCACUGACCCUGUCUCUAGGGGAAAUGUCUGAGAAGAUUCUGCUGCAAAACUAGUGGCCAUAGAAGGGCCUGAAUUAAUUUUAACAUUCACAACCAUUGAUGACUUAAAUUUAUCACUUUCCUAUAAUGAAAAGGAAAUGGAAAAAUGGAAGCAAAAAUGUAAAGCAAAAUAGAUUCAUGUAGUAUGGUUGUCUUCUGAAGGAAAACUCCAGCUCCCUAGAAGUUUUUAUCAACAAAUUUGAUGAUCGAUGCAUAAAAUGGCUAUUUUGGCACCCAGGGAAUUGUAGAUUCUGUUAAAAGAGUAUGGAAAGCCCCUGGUAUAACUACUAUAGCCUCUAAAGUGUGUACAGCCUGUUCUACCUGCCAAGCAUUUAACCAACACACCUUUUGUGGCAAAGCUUUUGGUGGACAUCCUCACUUGUACACCAUUUCAGCAUUUACAAAUUGAUUUUAUCUCUAUGACAAAAGCUGAACAGUAUAAAUGUGAAUUUUAGAUUUAAUCCACCCUGCUUAUACUAACAAAACAGGAAUGUCUACACCCCUACUUAAGAAUUAAAUGUUAAGCAAGCAAGAGCUAGAAAAAAAAUCAGAAAAUGUAAAAUCAAUCAUUUUGAUUACAUUAAAUUAAAAAGUUUUUGUACAAACAAAAUGCAUCCAAAAUUAGAAGGGAAGCAACAAAUUGGAAAACAAUCUUCAUUACAAAAACGUCUGACAAAUGUCUAAUUACUCAAAUUUAUAAAGAGCUAAACCAAUUGUACAAAAAAAUCAAGCCAUUCUCCAAUUGAUAAAUGAGCAAGGGACAUGAAUAGGCAAUUUUCAGUUAAAGAACUCAAAACAAUAAGCACAUGAAAAAGUGUUCUAAAUCUCUUAUAAUCAGAGAGAUGCAAAUCAAAACAACACUGAGGUAUCACCCCACACUUAGCAGAAUGGCCAACAUAACAGCAAAGGAAUGUAAUAAAUGUUGAAAGGGAUGCGGCAAAAUUGGGACACUAAUUCAUUGCUGGUGGAGUUGUGAAUUGAUCCAACCAUUCUGGAGGCCAAUUUGGAGCUAUGUCCAAAGGAGGAUAAAAGACAGUCUGCCCAUUUAUCCAGCCAUAGCACUGCUGGGUUUGUACCCCAAAGAGAUAAUAAGGAAAAAGACAUGUACAAAAAUAUUUAUAGCUGUGCUCUUUGUGGUGGCAAAAAAUUGGAAAAUGAGGUUAUGCCCUUCAACUGGGGAAUGACUGAACAAAUUGUGAUAUAUGUUGGUGAUGGAAUACUAUUGUGCUCAAAGGAAUAAUAAAGUGGAGGAAUUCCAUGGGCACUGAAACAACCUCCAGGAAUUGAUGCAAAGUGAGAGGAGCAGAACCAGGAGAACAUUGUACACAGAGACUGAUACACUGUGGUACAAUUGAAUGUAAUGGACUUCUCCAUUGGUGGCAAUGCAGUGACGCUGAACAACUUGGAGGAAUCUAUGAGAAAAAGCACUGUCCACAUCCAGAGGAAACACUGUGGGAAUAAAAACACCAAAGAAAAACAACUGCUUGAAUACAUGGGUUGAAGGGAUGUUGGUUGAGGAUGUAGACAUUAAAUGAACAUCUUAGUGCAAACGAACAACAUGGAAAUAGAUUCUGAUCAAGGACACAAGUAAUACCCAAUGAAAUUGCGCGUUGGCAGUGGAAAGAGUGGGUGGAGGGGAGGGAGGGAAAUAAUGUGAUUAUUGUAACCAAGGAAUAAUGUUCUAAAAUGACUAAAUUAAUUCAAAUGGAAAAAAAAAAAGAAUUAAGUGUUGAGAAGGAUGGUCAGUAACAAACAUAUGCUAGCAAAUGACAAAUCAGAAACAACUGACAGACCCUCUGGACUGUCCUAAGUCAAGCUUAAGCUACCAUUGCUACAUGUGAGAUGCAGGAAGUGAUGUAAAAAAUGUUCUAUAUAUUUCCCAUCACUUCCUCUCUCUGGCCUCUUUUUGCAGAGACGUGACUCGUUGGCAAGAUGUGGCUCUGGCUCUCUCAGGGAGACAUGGCUCUCACUCUGUCUCCCACUAGUGGAGAAGUUGUUCUCUGUCAGCAACUUGGGGGGUGUUGGGUAGCGUUUAGCAUCUUGGGUCUUGGUGUGGGCAUGCUAGGUGAGUAGUUUAGACUGAUUCCUUUUUCGUUUACCUUCCAAAACACUAUCCUCUUAGGAAGCCCCUAAUCUUCUGAGGAGGCCUUGUGGUGGAGGUCUUUGAACUCCCCUUGGCACAGGCUAGACUGGAGAAAUUUUAUACCUUUUCCCCUCUUUCUUCUUAAUUCCUUCCCUCUAUAUUAAUUAAAGCACUCAAAAAUUUAAAACUGACUUGAGUAUUUUUAUUGGGAUUUGAAUUAAUCCCUGGCGGCCAACUAAAUUUAUAUUUCAGUCAAAACCCCCUAAAUUUACCUCAUAUAAAUUUUGUCUGGUCAUAGUCAAUCAGCUGACUUAGUGACCUGAAGCAUUUUCUACUGUUCAGGAAACAGUGGCUUUUGUUGCCAAAGUACUUUUGAAAGAAAUUAUUCCUUGUUUUGUCCUGCCAGCAUGUAUUGAUUUGGAUAGGGGAACUCAUUUUACUGAUUCAAUCUUACUGCAAAUUUAUUCAUGUUUGGGGAUAACUCCUAAAUUUCAUAUACCAUAUCAUUCCCAGAGCUCUGACUAAGUUGAAAGAAUGAAUAAAGAACUUAAAACUAUGAUUGGCAAAUUGUGCACAGAGACUCAUUUAAAAUGGCCAGAAUUUAUGAGAAAGAAUACUAUACACAUUCAGAGGAAGAACUGUGGGAAUAGAAACUCUAAAAAUAAAAUUUGGUGAGUUAUAAAAAAAUAAAAGAUUUAGAUGGAAAAACUGUUCCAAUAUAGGUUGAAAACUGUUUAACUCGCCAAGCAGGUUCAAACUGGAUACUUUUAAUAGAGAUAAUCAAAAGAAUCUUCAGUGAUAAAGUGAAGCUCAAAUAUGAAUUUCCCUUCAGGUCCAGGUUCAAGGAUGCUCAAGAGACUCUUAUUAUAAACAUAAAAUGCUUAUUGAAAUAUAUAAGGAUAAAUAAAGGGUUUCUAAUUCUAAGGGAUUCUAAAUCCACCCAAAUAAACUCCCAGGUUCCAUAAGCAACUGCUUCUCCUGUGUUUCACUGGCUACACUAAUCUUCCAUGAUCUGACAAACCCAAAUUUAUGCUAUCUACAUAAAAACUACCACUAUUAUACUUAUAAAUCUUAACUUUGCCUUCAGAUUACAAAAUAGCAAAGGCUGCUGGUUGAGUCUCAACAAGAAUCAAGUUAGGACUCUAGGUGAAUGUGAAAACCCCUUUCUAUGGGAUGAUCUCUACCCCUUCCCUAUUUGGGACUGCUUUAGGGGAGAAAACUCCUUGCUAUGGGAGGACCUCUAUUCCACCGGUACUUAAGAAUGCUUUAGGGCAGAAAACUCCUUGCUAAACAAUGAAAGUACUUGAAAACCAUACUUAUAAAGGAAAGGAGUUCCUUGAGCCAUGCCUAUUUUUGGAAUUGAUACAAUGGGAUGCUAAGUGCCUAUAAAGGUGGGGCAACUUAUAAACUACUUAGACCUAAAAGGUGAAAACUCACUCAGAGGGUUUCUCUUAAUGAAAUUAGUCGACACAGCAGCAUUUUUUUUUACUUACUAAAGAGAUUAAUCUACUCAGCUGUGAAUUCAAAAUGGGCUGUCUUUUGGAAAACAUCUACAGUGAUUGGUAGAUGGAAGAACUUAGGGGAGGUGACAUAGGAGAUUUUGCCCUUAAAAAUAAGAGCUCGCCAGAAGAGCUAAAAGUCAUUCUGAAACAUUGAGAUUGAGGAGAUCAUUCUGAAACAUUCAGAUUGAGGGGGAGUCAUUCUGAAACAUUCAGAUGGAGGAAGGACUGAUUCUGAAAUAUUCAGAUGGAGGAGGGAGCUGGUGAAAGCAGCUGAGAUGAUGCUGGCUUGGUGUCACUAGAUUCCUUGCUUAGGCUGACCUUGUGGUGAGUGUUAAAAGACUGACUGACUGAUCUCUCGCUCUCUUAAGACUCAGGUCUAGGCCAUGUUGGCUUAAAGCCCUUCAUACUUAUUUCCUUUUUCUCUUUUCUUUAAUUCCACAUUUAUAUUAAUUAAAAUCUCUAUAAAACCCAGUUGACUUGGGUAUUGGAAUAAUUGGGAAUAUUUCCCUGGCAACCACCUUAUAUUUGAUUUUGAAUCCAAGACACUGUAGUGAAAAAUAUUUUCUGCGGUCAAAUUUUCUCACCCUCUCUUAUAUCUAUCACAAUUUAUAUCUUCCACCAUUUUAACUCAUUACAGUAUAUGGGCUUCACUAUCUUAAAUCUCACAAGACUGAGGCUUUGAACCCCUCCUUUUCCACCCCUCCUGCUGUAGCUGAAUGUUCUUCCAAAAACUACUGAUGCAAGCAUUCUCUGGAAAUCCCGGUUAGGUGGUUACAUAUUGUGAUUUAUCUGCCUAUAGAAUACUGUCUAGAUUCAAUGAGGUUAACCAAACCCUUUGUACCAAACUUGUAAAUCAUUACCUUUUGUAAAAAAUGGACUUGAAUAGAGGACUACAAUCCCCACAAGCCUUUGCUCCACUUCCCCAAAAUGCUUUGUAAUCUCACGGGAAUUCUGAGGUGGGCCGAGAUAGAGGAAGGAUUUGAGCUGGUGGCAAAGGUUUUUGGUUCUUCUUUUGGACUUCUGUUUUGGAGCAGAUGCAUCUCUUCCGUGAUGUGAGGUUAUCUGGCCUAGGCCUCUGGCCUAGGCACGUGUUUUUUCUUACUUGUAUAUCCUUUAAUCCUUAAUCCUUAUUAAACCUUUAAAAAAUAUAGUACUCCUUGCAGAGAGAAACUAAUUUCAGAUGCCUCAGUCUCCCCAUAUUCCUAAAUUUUAACUGUUACAGAUGGCAACUACUAGAUUGGAUGAGAACUUCUCAAAUUUUUUAGCCUAGAGAAAUUUUUUUAAGCCACGUAUCUCCAAGAUGCCUUUUAGAAAACCGUCUUGAUCAGCUCCUGCCUGGAGCCCUCUCUGGCUCCUGCUUCUGCUCCUGGCCUCUCACCUGGUGCCUGAGCUCCCGGACCUGUUUGUCUGCAUGCCGGCUCCAGGCCCUACCCAACCUGGCAGUCUGUCUCUCACCCAUCUGGCCUCGGACCCAGACAGCUCAUCACCCAGAUCCUUGGAGUAGAUCGCUCAGGACUCAUUUCGACCAGCUGAUAACAGUAUUGGCCACGUGGGCGGAGGGGAGAGAGGAGAGGGAAAGGAGAAAGGGUAAUUUUCCCUUAGGCUAAGCCUCUGAGUGGACAAGGGUAUUGACUCCAUGUGGGCGGCCUGGGCUCCAUGUGAACUGGGGCAGGAGGAGGUAUCAGAGCAGGAGAGAGAGAAAAGGGAGAGGAAAAGAAACAUAUUUUUUCAAACAGAAACUUAAAAAGCAAUGGGCUGUUUAAAAGGAUACCUUUUGACUCUUCUGGUAAUUUCAUUGGCUUCACCUGCCUGUCAGAGAGCAGAUUCAGCCCAAAGAUUCAACUUUAACUUUGAAGGGGCAAAUGGGUGGCGCAACGAACUGGGAGCCAGACCUGAGGACAUGCGGUCCUGGGUUAAAAUCUGGCCUCAGAUACUUCCCAGCUGUGCGGCCCUGAGCAGACCCCUUAGACCCCAUUGCUUAGCCCUUACCACUCUGCCUUCUGACAAUAGACAUUUAAAUGGAUAAGAACCCAAGGAACUUUGAAGAGACUAAAGGCUAUGUUCUAAGGCAUUUCAGACUCCAAUAGUUUAUAAAAAUCUCUGAAUUCUAUUGCAUUUUUUGUUAUGGUUUAACUUUGUGAUUUUAAGUUUAUAUAUUACUGGAUUCAAUAUUAUUCUGCUUGAACUGAAGGUUGAUUGAAUUUAUUAUGUAUGUACUUAGUUGUUAAAAUUCUGUUGUUUUCCCCCUAUAACUGUGUUGAACAAAUAUUGUGAAUAAGCCCAUAUAUGAAAAAACAGCUUUUUUCUAUUUUGCCAAGGAUAGAUGGACUUCAGAACUGGUUAUAAUUGUAUUAACAACCUUGGAAAAAUUUAAUGUGCUAAAUACCUCAAAUGAUUUGAUUUUAAGGGUUUUUUAAAUAUGAUUUUUGGAAUUUUUUUUAACAAUCUGAUUAUUUUUGCCUGCCCCUACCACAAGGUAAGGCCCAUUCUAGUAGCUUAAGUGAAAUACAUUUUAUAAACCCCAACCUUCCCACAUGUGAAUGGAAGUUGGGCAGUUAAUCUCAGGACAUUUGUAUCCCUAAAAGCCUCCAAAAGAAGCACCCCUUUAUUUAUGCUCUUCCGCUCACUAUUUUACUUGCUCCAGAAUGAUAUCUAGAUUUCUUGAUUAUGUUCUUAACCCAAGAUGAGUUUUACUUUGUUUAAAAAAAUAUGUUUAAAUACCAAGAUUGAAAGAUUGCUAUGUUUUUAAAAAUUGUGACAAAUGUCCAUCAAUUCAUAGGUUUUAAAAAGGUCAUACAGCAACUUAUGUGAAAUAUGAAAGUGUGUUUGUUUGCUAUUGUAAUUAAUUGGGCUAUUGAGAAUUUUGGGGAUAUUGAUAUCUACAUAUUUGUACUACUGUAUUUUUAAAAAAUGAAAAAUUGUUAACCUUGUUCAAUUCAUUUGCCUUCUACUCACAGUGGAGCAUGACCAGAUAUUAAGAGGAAAUGGAUCUCAUUUUUUGUGAGAAAGCCUUGCAUUUUAUAUUUUCUUAGCUGACACAGAGUGUCAAUGAUUAUAAGCUAUAUUUUUGAAUUUUUUAAAGCUCUUUUAUUAUUAUAUUUUUCUUGCAUGUGCAAUAUACUUUUUCAGUUUUAUUAUUUUUUCUCUCCUUUUUAUAUUUGAAGCACAUGUCACCAGCAUUAAGAUUUUCUUUAACUUUUUGACUUUUCAGUGCUACAAGUUUGAAAUACAUUUGCUAAUGCAUGCCCUAAAAAGCUUGUGACUAUAAAAAUGAUGCCACUAAUUAUUUAAUAAAUUAUGGGACUUUGCUUAAUGAUUCUGUCUGAUUUCCGGACAAGGUAUACACAAAAGAGCCAUUGUGUGAUAUCGAAUAAACUUUAAAAGACUGAUAUAUAUUAAUUUAAGGUCGCCAAGGAAUUCAGCUAUGUAAUUCCUAAAUGAAAACUCAAGUCAGCAGUCAACCUUUUGGAGUUUUUAAUUACAAACAGGAGGAAGAAAGGUAUGAGAGAGAGAGAGAGAGAGAGAGAGAGAGAGAGAGAGAGAGAGAGAGAGAGAGAGAGAGAGAGAGAGAGAAAGGGGAGAGAAGGGAAUAGGACUUAAAUAUCCCCUCUCCUUAGGCUGGGCCAAAGGCCCAAGCCCUUAGAUAGCUGAGACAAAGAAAAGAGAUCAGUCCCUAUCACUCACGUGACCAAAAUGGAGAAAGUCUCAGGGGCCUCUAUCUCCAGACUCCUUCAGAGCAAAACCUCCUCAGAGCAAAACCUCUCAGAGCAAAAAAACUCUCCCCUCUCUGUCCUCAGACCCCGCUAUCUUUAAGGAAACCAUCUAAGUUCCCUCCCUUCAAUUUUCACAUAUACCAAUCACUGUCAAUGUCUCCCCUGUGCCAAUGGUGGCUCUAGUUUAACCCAGGACCGUCCAGAGGUCUGUGGCUUUGCACAUGUAUGUUGAAGGUCAUAUUCUCAAAUAAUUAAAUCUUCAUCUUUGCUGCAGCCCUUCCUAAAUCCUGUUACUCUAAGUAGGGUGGAGAUUGUAUUUUCCAAGACCUGGUUCUGUCAUUCCAAGUAUCUCUAUUGUAUCAAUUCUAAAAUCAAUCAUGACUCAAAGAACUUCCUGUUCUAUGCUUAAGCAUAGGUCAAAACCCUUUCCAUUGUUUAGCAAAAGGUUUCUGUCCUAAAGUAGUCUUAAGUAGGGAGGAGAAGGAUCCUCCCAUGUCAAGGGGUUUCACAUUCUAAUAGAGUUCUUACUAUCAGUAGGAAAUUUUUUCCAGUAUGAAAUUUCCCAAUGGGGAAAUUUCCAACAUUCAUAAGUCUAAGAAAUUUUAAGGUUUACAAUUGCACAGAGCCAAAGAAAGGCCAAUCCAGGAUGGAUUGAUGCACGUCUAGGCCAAUACAAAGGUCUUGAACCUAGUGUGAAGACUCGAGGUUACUGUGUUUAACAUUGUUAGACAUAGGCUUUCCUUGUGUCCACACUCACUCUGAAAAUAGUCACAGACGAGUAUCCCCAAAACCUUGGCUCCUAUAAUCUGGUCCCCUUUUCUGCCUUCUAUAAUGUGGUACCUUUCUGUAGUCCUGGCUACUGACUGGGUAAAUGCAUCAUUGCUUAGAUCAUUUUGAUUGGGCCCUGAUAGAAGGACCUGUUAUAGAUUUAUUUUUCUUUUUACUUGGAAUUUUUACACAUAAGACUUUGAUAGUCUAUAUUUUUAUCCAGAAAUUUUUUCUUUUCUUUUGGCUUUUUCUGAUAUCUUUUUAAUAUCUCUUGCCAAUUGAUUCAUAUACCUCAGCCAUGCAUCCCUAAGUGAUCCCAGUUUUUUAAUCACCCUCUUAAUGGGGGGAAUGUAAAAAAUUAUUAUUAUAUAAAUUGCAAAGUUUAAAUUCCUUUUGAGGAGAAUUUUAGGUAAAGAAGAUGCUACCUCUCUGAAUCCAGAACUGAACUGCUGGAGAAGCCACCAUGAAGAUGCCUCCAGAUCACAAGUUACACAAAAUUGAACUUUGAGUGUGGUUGAUUGAACAUUUAUUGGUAUGUAUACUUUUAUGCCAAAGGGGACUGCCCCCUAACUGGCUUUUUGUCAAUGUGUUUCAGCAAUUAUUGGUUUAAUUUUUUUUCUUUCUCUUAUCCUCAAAUUAUUAUAAUGUUUAAGUUGA